AUGGAGAAAUGGGAAUGGGAUAAUCAUACAUUGCCAGUGGAGUUUAUGCUGCUGGGAAUGGGGAAUGUCCCCUCGCUCCAGACACCCCUCUUCCUCCUCUCGCUCAUCAUCUACUUGGUAACGAUGGCUGCAAACAUCCUCAUAGUUGUGCUGGUGAUAGCAGACCUGCAUCUGCACACCCCCAUGUACUUCUUCCUGGGCAAUCUGUCCUCUUUGGAGACCUGCUACAGCUCUACCAUCCUGCCCCGGCUCCUGGCCAGCUUCCUGACUGGGGACAGGAUCAUAUCUGUUCGUGGCUGUAUGGCACAGCUCUAUUUCUUUGGCUGUUUUUUAGUUAGUGAGUGCUACCUGCUGGCCAUGAUGUCCUAUGAUCGGUACCUGGCCAUAUGCCAGCCCCUGCUCUAUACAAGCCUCAUGACCUGGAAGGUCUCUCUACAGCUGGCAGCAGCGUCUUGGCUAGCAGGAUUCCUUACCUCUACAGUAGCCACUUCUUUCUUAUCCCAUUUAAGGUUCUGUGGCCUCAGGAUAAUUGACCAUUUCUUCUGUGAUUUUACCCCAGUGCUAGAGCUCGCCUGCAGUGACACCAAUGUGGUCAGACUGCUAGCUUUCAUACUUGCUAUCCUGGAUAUAGUCUUCCCCUUCUUGUUCACACUGGCCUCCUACGUGUGCAUCAUAGCUGCCAUCCUGAGGAUCCCGUCCAGCGUGGGCAGGCAGAAGGCCUUCUCCACCUGCUCCUCUCACCUCACCAUUGUCACUGUUUUCUACGGCACCCUCAUCGUUGUCUAUACCCUGCCCAGAACCCCCCAGCUGAGGCAGCUCAACAAAGUGUUCUCCUUUUUCUACACUGUCCUCACGCCCCUGGUCAACCCCCUCAUCUACAGCCUGCGGAACAGGGAGGUCAGGGAGGCCCUGAGGAAAGCACUCAGGAAAGCUCUGGCUUAG